AACAGACAUCAAAUAUUUUGAAAUACUUGAUUGUUUGCCACCAUCAGCAUCAUCGUUCAUCACAAAGAAGACGAUAAAACAAUCUUUUCUAAUUCUCUUUGAAGGUGAGACAACAUAUGAUGAUGCGAUAAUGGGAAACAUUUGGAUUAAAGUGUUCAUCUUGAUUGGACUAGUCAGUCUCCGGAGUCUCCCAGUAAAGUCUUCACAAUGUAUAAUGAUGGGUAUGUGCGAUCAAGCAGCUUUUGGACACAUUCCCUGUGUCCAUUCAGGUCCUCCACAAGCUUUGUCUGAUGAAGCUGCACGUUCAACACUCAAGGAAAUAUGUCCCCAUCUUGCUGGUGAAGCAUCUUUGUGCUGUACUCCUGAGCAAAUUGAAGAUCUGAAAAGUCACACCGAGUUGUUUGGACUUUUCUUGAAAGCUUGUCCUUCGUGUUUCGCCAACUACCAGAAGCUUUUAUGUCACCUUACUUGUUCACCAAGUCAAAGCGAUUUCAUGAAAAUAUUGAGAAAACAAACAUCAGAGGAUGGCAAAGAGGAAGUUCUGGAGGUUGAUGUCUUCUUACAUUCAUCCUUUGCGACAGGAUUUUACGAUUCAUGCAAGAAUAUAACUCGCUUUAAUGAAAGAGUUAUAGAUGUUUUCUGUAAGCCUUGGGGAGCAGAUAAAUGUACACCAGAGCGAUUAAUGAAAUAUCUGGGAUCCGAUUAUGGUCACAUUGGGCAUUCACCAUAUCAAAUUGAUUAUGUCCUGGACACGGCAGAUAGUCAUAAGUUGUAUGAUGAAACUUUCCAAGUCACCAAAUUGCCAGCAACAGCUUGCUCUGAAUCUGCUAAUGGUCAGCCUGCCUGUGCUUGUGAACAUUGUCCAGCAGCUUGUGGAUAAUCCAAUGCUUGAUUCUGAACAAUAAAAACAAAUUACAUUCGAUAUUAAAAUUAAUAUCAAAACAUAUUUUUAUAGCUUUGGGCACUCAAUACCCUUUUUACUCUCAUCAAAUUGUAUAUUUAAGGUUCCUCAUUCAUAUUAAAUAAUUUGCAUUUUA